UAGACACUGUCUUGAUGUCUUCCAAAGUCUUAAUUGACUAACUGACAUCGUUGUGUUUGUUUUUUUCAACUAUUAAAAUAUAAUAUACAAAUAUUUUGACUAUUAACAUUUGAACAGUCUAUGAAAUGGAUUUACCAAAUAUUUCUGAUAUACCCAAUACACUAACAAUAUUAGAAGAUGAUUAUCUUUCCCAAUUUGUGACAAUUAAUACUGAAAAUAAAUGUAAGAAUGAUGUUGUACAGCUUACUGCGGAAGAGCAGUUGAAAAAAUUAAAUAAAGGUUUAGAAUAUGUUGACCAACUUAUAUGUGAUCAAACUUAUGAUAACCAUGAAGAAUUAUUUAAUCAAGUGACUUGGACUGAAAACUUGGAAGCCAUUAUAAAUGAAAUAUCAUCACAAAUCCAGAACUUGCAAUCAUCAAUUGAACUACUAAAGUGUAAAAUUGUAGAUUUAUUUGUUAAAGUUCAAACUCAAGUUAUCAUACUGAAUAGAUUACAUGCUAUUUGUGAUUUAUUAAGAAAAAUUAUGAGGACCCAAAGUUUAACAUUGCAAGCACUAGACAAAGAAAAUGUCAUGUCAUCUCAUUCAAUGUUAGAAAUUAAAGAAUUAAUUGAAGAUAAAGAUUUGAAAGAAAUAACAUUUUUAAGCAAAGAUUUGAUUAAGUUAAGCAAUUUUUAUGAAAAAAAAAGUGUUAUUGGAUUAAAAUGACAUAGUUUUAUUAUAAUAAAU